UUAUCGUCGUAGAGCAAUGCCUUUUCUGCGGCACACUGGCAUGACCGCCUGAGCACCUGCCGCUAGCCUGACCGACGACGAUCUAUUUAUGAUAUGAAUUAAAUAGAUAACGUUGUCGCUUCCGUAAUAACAACAUUUGAUUUGUCGACAACAGCGUCAACGUCGGCACAAACGAACCAGCAGCGUUAAUACAGACAUUUAUUACUGUUAUGGCUAGCGUGACAGCAAAAGAUCAGCAUUUACGCGCCCAUCGCAGAACAGCACAGCAGGCCUAUCUCAGCACACAUCAACAUCGACCAGUACCGGGAAUGUUAACGCCAACUGCGGUGGCAUUUUGAUAUGAUGACGUUGUUGUCGCGUCACAGUCCCCUGGCCAUCAUUCGUCCAAAUUUGUGCCACUACAACCGCCAGCUAAGUCAGCUGCAGGGCCGUCGAUGUAUGAACGGGUUAUCAUCGUACUGUAAAUCUAAUUUCUUAAUCGUAACUCGCAGAGUAUUGGUAAUUUCGAUCUCGUUGAAAACAGAUCUUGUAGAAGUGCGUAAAUGCAGCGAUUGUCGAUACACAGCUGCAUCUAAUUCUGCAAUAUUGAUAACAACGGAAACGGGCGGCGGCAGGCAGCAAUACGAAAAAGAUACGUGCUUCCUAGAUGUUAUUAGGCACUCGUAACUCAUUAUCAAAGGACAUAACGGAUAGAGCAGGCAUGUAAAAUUGGCUAGCACUCGAAAUAUAUUACAACAAACAGUAAAAUUUAAAAAAUACAUUUUUUUUUAAUAAAUACAUGUAUAUCGUAAUAAGUUCUUUGGGCCUCGGUCAACAAUGGUGAUAUUGUUUUUCUAGGAUUUCGCCUUAGUGGUACAAUACAGUUACAAAAUAAGGUGUUUUGGACUCGAAUCAGAAGUGGUGAAAGCUGCACCGGGCAUUCAACAUUCUGUAGGAACUGUCAUUAACUUAAUUACCAUAGUACAAACCGUAGCCGUAUUUACACAAAAUGCGAAAGCUAUGAGAAAUAGUAGCAAAUAUCUCGCAGAUUUUCCUAGAAUAUUGGGACUUGAACGUAAAUUGUCACGGUGGUAUUUUAGAACGGCUUUUAAGGGAGGAAGUUCUCAUGCGUGAAUAGUCAACGAAAGGAUUUUUACUAGGCAGGAUUAGUGCAUCACUGCUAUUUUAUUGACAAACCUGUACCGUGUUGACUGCGUGCGUCAACACACGACGCCGUUAUGUGUAUCCCUCAGAAAUUCAAGCGAAGUUGAUUUUCUUUCCUGCUGUAAGUAGAAGAUACAGUGAGUGUUGUAAUUACUUUUACCUGCUUACGCAUGUAUAUUCGCAAACGAUAAUGUCGUUUAUAGCUACCCACUAUUUAUAAUUAGCCAGGCAAACAACCUGGCUUAGAUUUUAGUGACUUCUGCUAUGUUCAUCAGACUGAGACUAUGAGGAUAAAAUUGUUUGAAUAGAAAAAUUUAUAGAGGGCAUAAUUUUCGUAUGCGUCACUCUUCUUUUAGGUCAAUUUUCUCACUGGUUGAUAAUAUUGGAUUAAUAGCAACAGUAGGUGUGAUCCACCUUUUCGAAAUAUUUAUCUAAAUAUUUAAUUGAUAAGCUAAAAAUAAAUAAUUAAAUUGUGACUAAUGAUCUCAUGACACUGUGCAAUAUGGAUAUUUUUAAGUACUAACGUAUAUAUUGGAUUGCAAUAGACGAAUAUCGUUCAAAAAGCUUGCAUUGAUCAUCGAGUAUAAGGCGGAUCUGAGUUUCGAAUGCGGUUUAGUACCAAAAAUGCGGUCGCUGUUCAAAGGGCAGCAAUUAAAUAGCGGAACAAAUUUACAUUUAAAAAAUUUAUACUUCUUUACGCGUUAUUUUCGCUGCACAAUUUCUUAGGGCGGGCUAACUACAAGUUGGCCCGUGAAUAUGAGUCAAGGUAUAUACCAAGGUGAUUUUGAAAACCGGAAGACACCUGUCUAUGACCCCGCCUAAAAUGAGCAACUAAUUGCUGGGUUGUUGAAAAACGACUAACCGUUUUAAGCGAAAUUAAAGCAGUUUUUUUUAAACCGUUUUGAUCGAAUACCUUCUGCCAUUUUUCUGAUGACACAGAGAUCUCACCACUCUAGGACUUCUGUGGCCUCAAAGUGAAAAGUUGUAGCAAGUGCUUUUAGCAUUUCUCCAUUGAAUGAACACUGCCAAAUUAACACCAUCUAAUGGAGUCCUGCAAAGGCCAAAAUGGACAGAACUGGAUCAUGCAAGGUUCAGGCUAUAGGAUAAAUACAGUGUAUUUCCAUCCAACUUCUCGCAAUUGCUCAGAGGUUGGUUACAGAUUAGUUCACUAAUUAGCCUGAUUUUUUUUUCAAUGGCUUAAUCUCGUUAGUUGUUUACUGCACACGUACGCACGCAUCAAGCAGGUAGCAACAACUCAUAAAACAUGAUUUAUGCUUUUUACCAAGUACAUUGCAUAACCUUCUUUGACGCCAGGUGGGUUUUGCCACCUAUUGUGGGUGGGACACCUAUUUUACCUUUUAUUUGCACAUAAUUGUUAUAUGCGAUCAUGUUUAUCAUGUGUGAUCAGCCGUUCUGGAUAAUGGUUCGACGUCGCUGCGUUUCUGUAAGGUUUCGUAAAUGGAAUAUCAAUGGAGCAAAUUCUUUUGAAUCAUUUCGAGUAGCAGUCAAACAUCGAGCUUUUUUUUGUAGUAGCCAGCCAGCCAGCUAGCCAUCUCCAAAUGAUUUAGAACUGUUCCGUAUUGGGUGUCAAAUUCCUUGGCGACGUUAUGGCCAUUGACGUGUUUUUAGUUAAAUUUUCGCGGUCAUUUUUUUCGAAAUUGAUAGACCAUUGCGAGGAGCAUCUUCCAUAUAGAAAUUUCCAGAAAAAAACUGACAACAUAUGUAAAAAAACAGUUUUUUUUAUGAGCUUGGACAGAUUUGUGUGUUUAGUUUAAUAAAAUUCCUGUAAAAUAUCAUGAAUCUUCCUUCUCUAAGCGCUCUACCUUAAAUCUGAGUAAAGGCAUUCUAACAAUUUUAAUACAUCUACCUACCACUGUUAUUCAAACGGCACUGGCGCCAAUACGACGCGGCUGAAGUAUUUGGCUUUAAGGUUACCUAGCUAGAGAAACGGUCAGUAUGUUUCCAUCCAAUAUUUUUCCUUUUACAGGGCAGUUUUUGUAAAGAAACCCGUAUCAUCUUUCCGCUCUCUCUCUUUUUUGAAUAGAUAUUCUAAAAAAAAAUUCGGAGAACGUUUUGUCCUCUAGCGUCGCUUUUACAGUGCGGUAGAAAUUUAAGUAAAUGGUGUCACGAGUAUUAUCCGUCACAAAGGUUCGCUGCUGGUUUAUCUACUGAUAACCCAAUUUGAUAAGCUCUCUUAUAUGCCCGAGAUGUACAUACAUCUCGAUUUAUUCAGGGUAAAUUAGAUGUGUACCAACUAAAUUUUGAAGGUUCACUGCAACUCGAAAAGCCAGCGCUAACUAGACAAUACGCAGCUCUGUCUACAAAUCUCUGUAUAACAUGAACUAAUUACCGGAAGCAUCAACGAUUCAAGUACUUUGUAUUAUUUUGUAUAAAAUUGCAAAAACACUUCACACAAGAAAACUACAGUAUUCUUUAACGGACGCACAAAUGUUCUUAUUCUUAUACAAAUGCCGUAGACCCCAUCAGAGAAAUUUGUCGAUAGCACUUUUGGGACAAAAAUUCCACUUGUUAAAGACGGGGCAUAUAAACCCUAUGAAAAUGUAAACUCUUUCUGAAUGGAGAAAAAUGAAAACUGCAAAUCCUAAGCAUUGUAUAAAAAAUUCAUUAUAAACAGGCAUGAUGCAUAAUGAAUAUGUUAAAAGUUUGAGUGCACUACGAAAUAAAAUAGUCUUGCUUAACAUACACAAUAUAACAUUAAUUUAUAAAAGCCUAUUAUUACGUUACGGUUUGCCUGAACUGAUAAGUUUGUUCCAACUAGUAAAUGCCAUUCUGUCUAAUCGUAAGUAAUCUAAUAUAACAGUUUUCAUUAACUUGAAAGUUGUUUGGCGUGACGUGGCUUUAAGCUUUCGAUGCUGUUGUCACUGUCGUUCUAAACUGAAUCAGAUCAAAUCAACUAGACCUAAUGUUUAGUUAAUAUUUAAACUGUUUACUUCACAAAUUUGUGUAAUGCGGUGCACAAAAACUAUGGUAAUCCGGAAUUACAGCCAGGAAUUGAAUGAAAAAUAUACACAUAUAUAUAUAUAUAUAUGUAUAUAUUUUUCUUAAUAUAUAGUAGAAGGUCGCAAGCUAUGUGAAUCGGAACAAUGCGAAACUUCAGCAACGUUGUGUAUAAGUGAGUAUCCCCGAACUACUGUAGUUUUUUAAAAAAUUUUAAAAAACAAGCUUUCGAGUUGUUUCAUAAAGAGUUCUACGGCCUGCGUCAUCAUCAUCAUGCAAUCACUCUCUCAAUCCGUCUCAGCAGGAACUAGAAUUGUUUGUAGACCUUACCUUUAUAGCUGCACUCUGUGGUAAAGCCUGUUCAUUAAAAUUUCAGUGUCGAACUGGGCAACUAUGAAAACAUAGUUCAUAGAGGACAGUUUCUUUAUAUAUAUAUAUAUAGUGGCGGCUCUCACCGCAUCUGCUUUGCCCCUUUAUUACAUCUUUAAUGGAGCCAUAAAUGUAUCUACCCAAAGUUGAUGCAAUUAUAUACCCAUAUAGUAGUAGACAAUUUGAAAGGGAUGGUCCCUCUUUUAAAUAUUAUGAAUUACAAGUACGUUAUCCUGGAAUCUUCUAUACUGUCCUGAGUGGAGCUUCUAUAUGCUCUUGCCACUAGGCCUCAGGAGAGCGGCGUAUCCUUUGUUUCUUUCUGAUGACGUGAAAUGGAUACGUAAAACAACUACCUAUAAUUUGUAUCCUCAGGUUGAAUACGUUGACAAUUUCUCAUUCCGAAAUAUGAACAGAGUAUAUGUAUUUGUUUAUUGGUAAAUAAAUUUCAUCUGGUCGACCAUUGACGUGUUCAUAAGCUCGACAUUUUUCCACGUCACUGUUUCGAUGGAGAACAUAAGGGAAGGAUAUUGAUUGGUUACGUAACUAUGAGGAGUGGGAGUUUCGUCUGUGUUCUCGAAAGGCUCAAUCGUAGUUGUAAUAUCAGUGGCAAUGGAACAUAAAUAAGGAGAGGCACUAAUCCGAGCUUUUGUACAGCAUCGUUAAAUCUGCUCUGUAGCGCCUAUUAAUAACGAAAGGAGAUACGUCUGUGCGGAGUGGAAAAGCAGCAAUUAGAAAACGGACCAGCGGACUAACAGUAGAUACAGAGUGUACCACAAGGUUAACGCCUUCGUUGCAAGCCACGAGCCAGACAGAUGUGAUAUUACCGUUGUUAUGUGAACAUCAUAAGAUUCAGCACAGGUCUUAAGAAACAUUAGAACCGUACCGAAAAGGAUGAAACCUCUGGCUCGACGCUUCGUACAGAACAAUGUCAACCGAGUAGAUUAAGACACCCAGACACGACUGGAACCGUGACGAAACUUUCUCGAGGAUAAAUUGAAGACGUUGGACGCCAGAAUUAUCCGAACAUAAUUGUUUGAGUUAACGUAAACGUAUUGACGACGCAAUCAGUUAUUUGUUUUAUCAGAAGCUUGUUCGUGACCAGCCAGCAGCACGAUGUCUACCAAAACAAAAAAAGACAAAGGAGUAAAGAACGACCCAUUCCGGUUCGAGGGAGACGGAAUUUCAUUUAAAGGAAAGCUAAUUGGCAGUGAGGCCGUCAGUAGUGCACGAGGUGACCGAAUGUGCGCCGAUGCAAUGGCGCGUCUCAAAUCCGUGGUGAAGGCGUCAGGCGAGCACAAACAGCGCGUCUCGUUAACUGUCUCACUUGAAGGCAUCAAAGUGUUCGACGAAAAGACUCACGAGCUGAUGUGCCAUCAUCCCGUGCACCGAAUUUCGUUUAUUUCGCAGGAUCAAACGGACCCGCGAGCUUUCGGGUACGUGUCAGGCACACCCCUGGGCGGGCAUUCGUUCAUCGCCAUCAAAACCGAGAAAACGGCCUCUCAGAUCGUGAUCGCUCUUCGCGACCUUUUUCAAGUGGUCCUUGAAAUGAAGCAGCACGAGAUGAAGCGACGUAGUGGAUCAACGUCUCACCAAAGUAACAACACCUCCGGAUCUAAUAACAAUAACGCUAUCUCUAAUAACAGUAGCAACAGGCAUUCGUCCUCCUCCUCCUCUGCAAACCAUGAGAAUGGGCAUGAGGAUGGCCGUAUCGAUGGAAGUUUGUUGGACCCAGCUAGACCGGUGUCCAACAAUGUUAACGUCGAUUCGAUGGUUACCGCUAUUGCUGGUAAGGGGCAGUCAUCAACCGAAAGCUCACGACCGGACGUUGCUGUCGUCGACGACCUCCUCGAUCUUCAGACUGAGCUCGACUGCUUGCAACAGGGGAUCGAGCAGAUAGAGGGGGAAAUCAGCACGGCUGAAGCAGCAUUUGGGGCAGAUCCGUUUGGGUCGACUCAUGAAGUAGCCGGACAACAGCAGGCGAGUACAAGUUCUAUGCUGGAAUCAAACGCUGGUACUAUAAGUAGUGGAUCUUCAGCGUAUUUCCAACCGAACAAAGUCUGUCUGCCACCAGUAUCGUCUGCCGGACCACACACUAGCGGGAGUUCUACUGCAAGUAAUUUUUCGCCAGCUCAAACGACCGGUGCUAACCUGACGAGUCAUCCCUCAAUGUCUGUGGGCUGUUUUUCGAUUAGUGGCCAGAGCGCACUUCUGCUGCCCCCUCCCCCGACGAGUUCGUUGCCCUCGACACCGAAAAGGACACAAACUCGCCAGGGCGGAGGAUCUACCUCAGCGGACCUUUUCACGUCCUCAUCAUCUUCGGCGACUAUAGGGGCUACAUCCGCGGCCUUGGCAAGGGGAGUAGGAGCAUCCUCAUUGGAUGCGAGUUCCAAUUUUGCCAAGGGACCACAAACUACUGCUUCUAUGACGUUGCCAAAAGGUUUUACGCCAGGUGAGUUCGAAGGGGGGAUGCCAUCUGCUAGUUGGGCAGAAUCGAACUCGACAGCCCCUGACUUCACUGCCCAGUCUACAACGUCAUCUUAUUUCGGCUUCGGCGAUUCGUUUGAUGACAACUUUGGCCCGUCGGCAUCCGCAACAGCACGGUCAUUGGCCGAUGGCGGUCCCCCAGCGGCUUCUUUCGGGCAGCAGCAGGAGCAACGGCAACAACAGCAGAGCAGAAGUGCUGGUGUUACCGGAUUGUUCUCUCAAACGACGUCGCGUGGCUCGUCCAUAGCACCGCCUGCUUCCUUGAACCAGACGCAGUUUAGCUUCGAGGGCUCGAGCCUUCUUGCUGGCGGUGGAAGCGGCAUGUCCGCCACUUUACCACCUCCUCCGCCAGUUGGCGGUCAUCAACGAGGGGCACAGCCGUUACGUAGCACCACUACCUCUUCUUCAUCAUCUUCAUCAGCCGGGGCUACUAUGACUGUAUAUAAUACUCAUAACGCCAGCAACAACCUUAACAGCGUCUUAGCGACCGGUCUUGUUGAAUCGCUGGCCAGGACAAGUGUACACGGCGCGUCCGUAUCAGAGUUGCUUUCAGGCAGACCAUACUCCAGUAGCCGAGAGCAUGCUACUGAGUUGACCUCGAAUCGCGGGGUGCUAUCGGCUACGGCUGUUCCUGUGUCAGGGACAUCUGUGGAAGGAAACGGUCGGUUCAACGCUGUUUUUGAGAACGCUCGUCCAAAUUCAGGUCUCAUCGGGCAAGUGGCGCCCGCGGCAUCCGUUGAUAGUGUCUUUGAUGAUUUUCAUUUUGAUGGAGGAGCCUCAGUGGGAUCAACUAGUGUUCAUCGUGGCCCAUUGGGCGGCAUGGGAUCCCACGCGCCGUACGCACAUCAGGGUGUGCAGCGUGAAGCACACUUUUCAGCGGCGCAAUUCUCCUUCGAAUCUGUGGCGUCGUCGUCAAAUUUAUCGAGAGGCCGUACGCAGGAAAGUACCGAAUUGUUCGACCCGCCUCCAACGAAUCAUUCAACGCAGUUUGACAUUGCGCCGUUAGUCAAAAUACCCCCAGCGGUAAGCGGUUCAACAGCUGCCGCUGGCGGUGCAGUUGGAUCGGCUGUAGUCGCUUCUGAGGGAAGCGGCAUGUCAGAACCGACGCGUGCCGCUGGCGCUGUCGGCUCGUCGACGGUUCACAGUGGCAGCGAGUUUGCUUCUCCACGUUUCAUGCCAACGAUUGGCUCGUCAACCACCGUAUCCGCAAACCGUAUGUCAAACCAUCACCAACAGCAACAGCAGCAGCGGAAUCAAUCAGCCGUUGGCAAUCUUGCUACUGUCGUUGCCGCAGUGAACGCGCCGAUGGCCGUCGGCAGUGUACCACCUGCCGAUAAGUAUGCAGUCUUCGAGAAACUGAAACAGGAGGAACAAGCGGCCGCGGCAACACCUCCACCGUUACCACCCCCGUUAUCACCGCCUCGAACACAACAGCAGCAGCCGGCAGCGCGUGAUUGCCAGAUUGGACAGAUGAGCAUAAGUUCGAUGGCAGGGGCAGCCUCCAGCGCGCCAUCGUCGCUAUUUUCAUCGGUGUAUGCUGCAGGAGCGUUAAAGUCUGCGGACCUUUUUGCAAACUUUAACGCGUUCGGGACAUCGUCGGCCUCUAUGCCAGCUGGAGUCGUUGCACCGUCGCAGUCAUCAACCCAGGUGGAGACGAUUCCGCCAGGUCAGCGUUUACUAACUGGCGACCUAUUGUCUAAAGACUCAGGUAUUACAGCGAAGUCUGUGAAUAGCUCGGCGACGAACACAAGGUAUACAAAUUCCGCAAACACUGGUUUCGAAUCAACAUUCGAGAGCAAUUUUGUCAGCUCAGCUCCCCUAUCGCAGACUAUCUGUUCCGGAGGCAGCUCACCUCGUGCAAUUCAGCCUCAGUCAAAGAGCCGCAAUACACAGACUACAAUAAACGAUUUCUUCGGAGAGUCGAUUGUCGCAUUUGAAGCCCAUUUCGACGUACAAUUUCCUACUCAGUCAAACGUGCAAUCUGGCGACGCUCCUAGUAGCAGCAGCGUCACUGGAGCUGGUGCCGUUUUGAUGAGCCACGGAAGCACCGCGAGCAGCAAUAGUAAUGGCAGCGAAACGGGAUCGGUAAAGCGACCGCCGAUGCUAAACGCGGCCAUGAGGAGUAACCCAUUCUGUGCGCUGAGCACCGAAUCCACACCAUCAGAAGAUUUCAACACCCCACCCAUUUCGACAACCACAAUCGCACCUCAGCCGGUAUCGAUUCAUGUUAGCCACAGUGGACAGGUGUGCUCUGGCUUGCGUGGUCAGAAAGGGGUAACUUCUUCUUCCAACGAUAACUCUGUCUGCUCGCCGAGUGAAGCCACAACGGCCACAAACGAGUUCAUCUCGGCCGCAUCGAGUCCCUCAAGUGAUCGCUUUGUGACGAUGGCGUCGGGCUCGAGUCUUUCCUCUUCGGAGAACGACCUCACCUCCUCAUCGCCUCCGCCAACCGUUGCGCCAUCAAAUCCUACCCGACCCCCGAGUUCUGGAUCGUCUUGCCAGGGCUCUGUCGCAGUAUCUACAACCGCCACUACUACUGCCGCUACUACUGCGACUUCCCAUCCUUCUAUUCCUCCAGCCGCUUUUCCUCCCUUCGCUUUUGAUGCACCUGUAGCCCCUGCGGUAACCUUUGCCUCGCCUGUAGCUGUCAUACCACCUUCGCCCGCUCAUGCGCCCCCCCAAUGCCCAGCGAAGCCUGUGUCAGUUCCCGACCCUGAGCCUUUUUCCUCUGAUGCUGCUGCAACAAGCCAUCGAAGUGAGGCCGCGACUACGCCCCAUCCUCAUUUAAGUGUUUCAACCGCAGCAAACCCGUUCUGUAUGGGCAGCUUUGCCGAACAAGUAACUGCUGCUGCUCCUAGUGUAAACAAACAGCAACAACAGCAGGCGUUGAAUCAGCUGUCCAACCAGGGCGGGACGACGUUCGUCGUCCAGUCUUCAGAAGUGCUUGACAGCGAUAAAGAUCGAGACGAAGGUUUCUUCGGUAGUAAUACGGGUAGCGUAUCGCCGUACCCCACAGUUCUGUCUCAUGUUCAUCAGCAUUCUUCCUGUCCUAGUGGUACCGUUAUCCAGAAGCUUCAGGCUAGCCAGCAGCAUCCUCCUACCCAGCAACAACAAACUUUCCCCUCUGGCCCUAACCAGUUACCUCCUAAAGUAACAAGCUGUGCGUUGGAAUCCCGAAACGGAUCCGCUGGUGGUGCCCCAUUCGGCCACACGCCAUUCGUCACUCACUUUCCUGCGGUAUUUCCUGAGAACGAUGAGACUCAACCCGCUGUUAGUGUGGCUAGCCCACCUCCCAGUGGUAUCUUCAGCAAAAAAGAUGACCCGUUCAAUGAGGACUUCUUCAAUAUGCUGAAUAGUUCGGCGGGCCCUGACGCACCGGGUCAACAACAUCAAAUUGACUCCUUUUGGUGUAGGUAGCACAAACAAACAAAUAAACGAACGAUCUGAAGGCAUCGAUUCGUGUGUGUGUCCGCAUCAACGAGUAACGUUCGGAUCGCUACGGGCAUGUCUACUAUAGAAUUGUCUAAGCACGAUGGAAAAGUUUAGUUAUUUUAUUCAUUAAUCUAUUAUCCUUCAACACUGCAUGCGCAACGCAGACGUUUGCAUCUGACGUUCGACAGUCGAUGAAGGAUGGGACCACCGCAUGUAUUUACAUCGGUAGAAGUGUCUACGAACAGGAGUGCCUAGAAUAUCUCGUUUGGGCUGCGUGUACAAGCUUUUAUUUAUAGCCAACAAUAGGACUGCUUAUACGUGAGUAAAGAAGUGGCGUAUUCGUUAUAUAGAAGCUACUUGGAGCUGGUUCUAUUAUGAUCUUAUUGAGAGCGAGGUCUGUUGAUGCGCACAAUGAUUAAAUUUGACUUUACAUUGUUUUCAAAUAUCUCCAUAUUUGCCCACUCUGUGCACCCCAAGCUAUCUUCGCUGUCUGUUUGCUACAUACUUUGCGCGUGCAUGCGUCGACUCGAUGUGUUCGGUUCCAUUUAGCAUCUCGUAUACCGAACUGUACGGUACUCGCUUGACGUGUGUCUGAUAGAAAUAACAUGAUUAUAGUUAUUUUGUCGCUUUUUUGUCUUCGUUCCUAUGCUGCCCAAAAGAGAUAGGUCAAUUUUUUCUGCGUGUCAAAAUCUAUGUCGCUUCGUCUUAUUGCUGUGUAUGUCAGACGUGUGUUUCCGAGCUGAUCAACAGGUAAACUUUAGCCUGGUUCACCGCUCCUCAUACAAGCCACAUACACAACUAUUGUGCAGCUUCAAUUGAGUGCCUCUAGAUACAAAUCUACUUGAGCACUAUCUAUUUACGACUCCACCGCUAAUAUAUGCGUUGUACUUUUCAGGACUUACGUACAUAGCGGAUAAGACUGAGAAUGUAAGACACGCACGCACGCACGCACGCACACAGCUGCCUAUUUAGUUGCCGUUGCUGUAGAAGAAAAGAAAUACAACAGACUAUGAAGUCCGCGAAAAACCAAAAACAACCCAAAGUGCGCACCAACUACUGACUAAUUGAUGAUCUAUUGAUGAAUCGAGAGCAAGAAGUAGUACUUCGAAGGAUUUGGUGAAAGAAAAUAACAGGAAGAUUUCAUACGUACAGUUCCGAAACAUAGCAAGAUACUGAAACUACUAUUACUAAUUCCAACUAUAUACAUAAUAGCCAGAUACCAAGGUAAAACGGCCACAUUUUACGUUGUACUGAUUAAACUAUGCUUACGUUGACGCUUUCACAAAAUAUCGUCUAAUAGAUACUUUACUUCCGCCUUUAUUCGAAGCUUGCAUCAGUAGGGGGAAGGUACAAUACGAGACGUUGUUUUUGUGAGCUCGGCACAGUCUGGACACUUCUAAAAUUCGCAGCAGCAAAACAAAACUAACGCAACUUUGAGUUUGACGUUCGGUAUCGCCGUUAGGCGUAACUACACAGUUGGACGACUGGCUGACUCCUAGCACGAGACCUAGAAUAUAUAUAGCUGAUUUCAUAAAAAUAGCGACGUUGCUGACGAUGAUGACGGUGAUAAUGAUGACGAUCUUCACCGCUAACCCGAAUGGUCGCGAUAAAUCGAUUAUGUUAUAUUUUAAUACUGAUUUCAUCAAUGGUGUAAUAGUCGUCCUGAGGAGAGAAGAAAAGAAUACAUAAAUGGAUGAACGAAUUAUUCAUAUAUGUAUGCGACUCCUAAUUUUAGCUAACUGCGAUAAUCUGAGUCCUUGAGAGACAAUUGACUGAAUAUACUGCACGAACUAAAUGAAAACUAGAGAAAAAUAAUCGAGGUAUUGAUAUAUUAAUACACUGAAAUGAGGACGUUGACGCGGUGAGCAUGACAAACGAAAAAGAACUAUAUAUUCUAUAUAAGUAUAAGCAAACACAGACACACACACCCCCACCCCCGCCCCCACCCACACACACACACACACACUCACACACAAGUACGCACAUGCACAAACGUAUGGGAACACCUGGAAAGGAAAAAGAGAACGGACACAGGACAAUGGAAAGCGUAUGGAAACUUGGACACUGACUUGGGCUGCUUCGACCCCUUCGCCUUCCUCUGAUACCAACGGCAAAGUUGUAGUGAGCAUGAUAGGGGAAAAAGGAGCACACACGGAGAACGUGACUGCACAAGAUGAAGAACAACGCUGAUUGUAUAUAGAGUUUAGUUGUUUUAUUACUAUUAUUCAUAUUAGUAAUAAAAAAUUAGUUCGGUAUUUUAAUGAGUCAAA